AACCUAAUAAAGACAAGUUUUGAAGGCAGCUGAAAUCCAACCUUCUCUUUCUUCAAUAAUUAAUGAUUAAUGAAGUAAUCCACUUUAAAUUCAAGGAUGAAAAGAAUUCUCUUUUAAUCAACUGCACAAAAAAAAAAGAAAAGAUUUUUUCCUCUUUGCAGCCUCUCUUUCUAUUUUUCUAUGUAAAUGGGUUUCGUUUAUGCCCUUUUUUAGCUAAAGUAUUUAAUUAAAUUUAACAACUUUAUGGAGGGUUCCAAUCAAAAUCCGGGCUUUCGUCCUGAUUCCAGAGUUCCAGAAACCCAGGUUUUGGAUUCUAGGGUUUGUUCUUUGUCCCUAAACGAGGAUAGCGGCAAUCAGAACCCCAAUUCUCUCCGGGAUGAUAACCUGGGACUUGAAAGAUAUGAUUCCCCACACAAUGCUAGUUUUGAGAGUCAAGGAAUGAAUGUUUCUGGAGAACGUGAUAAUAGGUUACCAGUGCCAACUAAAAGUAUGGAGUUGAAUGAUGAGGAAAAGGAACUUAAGACAAGCCACCAGAAGCUGGGAAAAUACUUCUUCUAUGACUCACCUCUUGCUGAAGAUACUGGGGUUUGGAUACCGGUCUCAGUUCCACCAAUGCUAGAAAGUGAUCAUGAAGAGUGGGCAAGAGGUUUUCAUUCCAAUGGGAGUUAUUUCCCUGAAGGUGACAUGGGAUGGGCUGAGGUCCUUGGGGAAGAAAAAGAGUUGACAAUGUGGGAUGUGAUAGUGGAGAUGAUAUUUGCUGCACGUGGGAAAGUAAAUGCUUUCACUUCUGGUGAUAUUCAAAGAUGUGGCAUUUCAUGGCUAUCAAGUCAUUUACUUGAGCAAGCUUGGCAAGAGAUGGCUCAGACACUAACUGAAGCGAAUUUUGGUAAUUUGAAGGAAAUUCUUGAAGCAGAACCACCAAAGUGGUUGGCUGACAGUGCUGCUUCUGCUUGUAUGCUUUGUGGUGUGAGGUUUCACCCAAUCAUGUGUUCUAGACACCAUUGCAGGUUUUGUGGAGGAAUAUUUUGUGGUGAAUGUUCCAAGGGAAAGAGUUUAAUGCCAGAAAAGUUUCGUGUUGGUGAUCCACAACGUGUCUGUGAUGUAUGCUGUGUGCGGCUUGAGUCUGUCCAGCCAUACUUAAUGGAUCAAGUUAGUCGUGCUGCUCAGCUGCCAACCCAUGACCUGACAGACCUUAGUACUUUGAGAUCUUGGGUUAAUUUUCCCUGGGGACAGUCCAUGGAACAUGAAAUUUAUAAGGCAACAAAUACAAUUCGGGGUUAUAUUACUAAGGUUGGUUCUUUGAAACCUGAGAAAUCAAUUCCAGAUGCCAUUCUCCGAGAAGCAAAAGGCCUUGCCAUACUAUCUGUUGUGAAAGUUGGUGUAAUGGUUACAUACAAUAUUGGUACAGGACUUGUGAUUGCUCAUAGAGAGGAUGGCUCCUGGUCGCCACCUUCUGCUAUUUCUUCAUUUGGUGUAGGAUGGGGAGCUCAGGCUGGGGGAGAACUGACAGAUUUUAUUAUAAUCUUGAGAACAAAUGAUGCUGUCAGGACUUUUAGUGGCAAUGCACAUGUUUCUAUUGGAGCUGGUUUGAGUGCAGCUGUUGGUAUUGUUGGACGAGCCGUGGAAGCUGAUGUACGAGCUGGUGAUGGUGGUUAUGCUGCUUGUUAUACGUACAGCUGCAGUAAAGGUGCUUUUGUUGGGUGUUCACUCGAAGGGAGUAUCGUCACCACUCGCAGACAAGAGAACUCCCGAUUUUAUGGAAGCCAGUCAAUAACUGCAUCAGAUAUACUUCUCGGGUCAAUGCCUCGGCCACCUGCUGCUGCCAUUCUCUAUCAUGCACUUUCUGAUCUAUAUAACACACUUAAGCUGAGUUCCUGAAGCUGGGAAUCAAACUAGUAUCUUCUAGAUUCGGUAUGAAGAAGGCCAAUGGAGCAUGAAUCUUAUGUACAUUCUCUGUAAAUCAUCUAUUCUGAUCUUCCGUACCACCAUUCUUUGUCUGUGUAAAAGAUGAUAUUGGUAAUUGGAUUGUCUUCCGAAAGGGAAGAACAUGGAUGGGGAAAAAUUUGAAGGAAAAUGGAAAGACUGGACAAAAAUUAAAAAAAAAUAAAUAACUUAGCAUGUUAAUGCAAUAUAUAUGAUGAAGAA